AUGCCGACUUAAGUGUUUUGUCAAAAUGAGGUAUCGCUGCAGACUGCGACCGAGACUCCGCUGCCAGCUUCAAUUUCGCGUUGUCAUUGCCUAUGAUACAUAUAUUUAAUUAAUGAAAUUUUCUAUAUUUUGGCCAAAAACGGCGUACGGAUUCAAUAUUUUUAUGCUAGUAAGUCGUUCGAUACCAUUUAUUGGAGACUUUAGGCAAAAUAACCUCUAAACAGCAUUAUUUGCUACUCAAUACCAGCGGCGUCAACUCGGUUGUCUUUCAUACGCCAUUUGCUCUGCCAGCAAUUAUCCAGUUCGACAAGCACUGUGCAAUUGCCAAAAUCCACCCUGUUUUACUAAUUUCAAAAUGUUUUGAGAAAUCUAUCAAAAUCGUUUAGCCUUCAAAAGUUUUACCAAAAUUUGAAGUCGUCUAUUUCAUUGCGACAUCUACAUACUUUAUUCAAACUAAUUUUUAACAAAAGAAUUGUCUGCACCGCAGUAAUAAACAAAGAAAUCCCUUGAAUAAACGUGAACAUAGAGAUUCUUUCAAAUGGCUAGUGGUAGUGGUAGUGGUGGCAAUAAUGGGCGCCGAAAUGCACCCAUCAAUUGGGGCAACGAUCCUGACGAUGAUGUCUGUGAUGACGAUUUAAUGGACGCCGAUCAAGAUUUGUCCAAUUACGUGCACAAGUAUCGGCAUGAACAAGAGCAAAGUUUGAAAAAAACCCAAGGUUCACUCUAUUUGCCAUCUGCGAAUUCGACAGAGUCAAAUAAAAAAGGUGGUCGAGGCGGUGAACCUGCGGGCGGAACUGCUGGACCAGUCGGCGCACAAGCCUCAAAUGAUAAGCGGUGUGAUAAUCUAUAUAAAGAAAUAUUAGCGAAAAUGCGCACUAUCUUUCAUAUGGCCAACUGAUACUGAUUU